AUUGUCCUAGUAGAAUAUGUUUAACUAGUGAUUGUUGGACAUCAAUAACUGGUGAAGGUUAUCUUUGCUUAACUGCUCAUUUUGUUGAUGAGAAGUGGCGACUUAAUAGUAAGAUACUUGCAUUCUCUAAAAUGGAGCCGCCUCACUCUGGGGUUGAAUUAGCUAAAAGGGUGCAUGAUUUAUUGAUUGAUUGGGGGAUUGAAAAGAAAGUAUUUUCUAUUACUUUGGAUAAUGCUUCAGCAAAUGAUGUCAUGCAAAAUUUAUUAAAAGAGAGGUUGAAUUUUAAUAAUGACUUGCUAUGCAAUGGGGAGUUUUUUCAUGUGAGAUGUUGUGCCCACAUCUUGAAUCUCAUAGUUCAAGAGGGUAUGAAAGUAGCAAGUGAUGCUAUGCAUAAGAUUAGGGAGAGCAUUAGAUAUGUAAGGCAAUCAGAGGCGAGGAAAAUUGUUUUCAAGAGAUGUAUUGAACAAGUUGAAGUUCCUGAAACAGUGAGUUUGAAGUUAGAUGUCCCAACUAGAUGGAAUUCUACACAUGCAAUGCUUGAAAGUGCUCUUAAAUAUCGUCGUGCCUUUGCUAAUUUGGCUUUCAAUGACACCAAUUAUCCUCAUUGUCCAACCAAUGAAGAGUGGGCUAGAGCAGAAGCAAUGUGUAAAUUCUUGAAGCCAUUUGCAGUGAUUACAAAUUUGAUGUCUGGGUCAACAUAUCCCACUUCUAACAUGUACUUCAAUCAAAUAUCAAAAAUUGAGUCAAUGUUAAAGCAUCAUAUGCAUAAUGAUGAUUCUGUGAUUCGAGAUAUGGCUGUUAGAAUGCUUGACAAGUUUGAGAAAUAUUGGGAUUCAUACUCUGUCAUUCUUUCACUUGCAAUUAUCCUUGAUCCACGGAUGAAGUUUGAUAUCGUAAAAUUUUCUUACUCAAGACUUGAUCCUACAAAUUGUCAUGAGAAGGUUGAAUAUGUUAGGAGCAAGUUGUACAGUGUUUUCAAUGAGUACAAAAAUCUGGUAUCAUCUUCAUCUCCAACCCAUAUUGUUCAAACUGAAUCAAGUUACAAUGCUAGAUCCAUUCAUCUUGCAAACAUUGUGCCGCCUAAUUUCUCUGUGAGGGAUCAAUCUAACUACUUGGAUGCCUUUGAUGAUUAUCUUGAAUGCAAGAGCAAAGAUAGUGCGACAAUAGAAAAGUCUGAAUUAGAUUAUUAUUUGGAAGAGGCAACACUUGAUCCUACCUUGUUUGUAAACCUACAGGUUUUGGAUUAUUGGAAGAGUAACUCAUCUCGGUUUCCUUGUCUUGCAAAAAUGGCAUGUGAUAUUCUUAGCAUUCCCAUAACCACGGUUGCCAGUGAAUCAGCUUUUAGUAUUGGUUCACGAGUUCUUACAAAGUAUAGAAGUAGUCUUCUUCCGGAUAAUGUGCAAGCCCUCAUUUGUACUCGUAAUUGGAUUCUUGGUUUUCCAUUUAGUGAAGAUGAUCCCGAAGAAGAAAUAGUUUCUAUCAAUCCUGAAGAAGCUUCAUUUAAUGCUUCAAGUGUCCCACCCGAUUAGAUCAUGUUUGGUUUUUAGAUGUGUUUUGUCUGUAAUAUUUAAUUUUUGGACACUUGAAUUAAUGUUGAAUUGUUGCUGGAUG